CGCAAAGUCCAACACCACAGUCUCGAAUUCCAGCGCCAGCAACAACUCACGCACCUUCAGCCGACGUCUUGCUCCUUGCAAGUCUUCACACCGACUCUUAGACCUGCCCACCUUUGUCCAAGUCCGCCUGCUCUAGAUCCGGUCACGAUGGGCAAACUAACAUCCACGAUCGGCAUACCCAUCAAACUGCUCAAUGAAGCACAGGGGCAUGUUGUUACGUUAGAACUCACGUCCGGCCAAGUUUACCGUGGAAAACUCCUUGAAGCCGAAGACAAUAUGAACGUCCAACUCAAAGACAUCACCGCGACCGCACGCGAUGGCCGGGUAUCACAUUUGGACCAAGUCUACAUUCGAGGUAGCCACGUGCGGUUCUUCAUCGUCCCCGAUAUGUUGCGAAAUGCGCCCAUGUUCAGAUCACGAGGCACAAGAGGUCGUGGUGUUGGUCUGGCUAGAGGAAGGGCUACGGUCAACAGAGCAAGAGCUGGACGAAGAGGCUGAACGAGGCACCAGGGAAUUGCUACGUUACCAAGAAAAGGCGCAUAUGUUUGAAGUAUUGGUUGAUAUCUCAAAGGGUGCUCGGAAGGUGUUUCUUGCGCGAGGAAAAGUCCUAUAAAUCUCUGUCGCGCAUGGCAAGGGCGCCCUAUCUGUGGAAGGGCGGAAAUGGGAAGUUGAUGAUACCCAACGAGAGAACGUACGCCCUUGCGUUAACAAGGGCAAGACCUGAAUGAGAGGCAGGUCGAAGAGCCCUAUGUCUGGGUCUGAAUGUGAAUCUGGAUAGUCAUGACUUUUGCGGCCUCCUACGCCUGCUGACGAGGCUGUGUGGAAGCCUUGCCUGCCAAGGCCCAAUAUAAAUGAUGUUCCGAGCAUUUGCUUUACUACUAGGUAUUUCAUCAUAGACAAGGG